AAUAGGGUUAGGGUUGAUUAACAUUAGUAAAACCCUUUUCUCACCGCUGCCUUUCUCUAUUCAAUCUACAUUAGGGUUUGUGUGUGCCGAAAAACGCCUAUCUCUCUUCCGAGCCUAAGAAGCCUCUUCAAACCCUAACAAUGGCGGAACAGACUGAGAAGGCCUUUUUGAAGCAGCCGAAAGUGUUCCUUUCGUCGAAGAAAUCAGGUAAAGGAAAGAGACCUGGAAAAGGAGGAAAUAGAUUCUGGAAGAGCAUUGGUUUGGGAUUCAAGACUCCUCGUGAUGCCAUUGAAGGAACUUACAUCGACAAGAAAUGCCCCUUCACCGGCAAUGUUUCUAUCAGAGGUCGUAUCCUUGCUGGUACUUGCCACAGUGCUAAGAUGCAAAGAACAAUCAUUGUACGUCGCAACUACCUUCACUAUAUCAAGAAGUACCAAAGGUAUGAGAAGAGGCACUCCAACAUCUCUGCCCACAUUUCACCUUGUUUCCGUGUGAAAGAAGGCGACCAUGUCAUCAUUGGCCAGUGCAGACCCCUGUCAAAAACAGUGAGAUUUAAUGUAUUGAAGGUUAUUCCAGCUGGGUCAGCCGCUGGUGGCAAGAAGGCUUUCACUGGGAUGUAAACCCGAGUUUGGCUUGAAUUCUAGUUUUGGCAAGUUAUGAAAGCAGUCAAUUAAAACCUUUUCAUGUAUUUUCAUACAUGCUUGUAGGAGUAUUUCUAUGUUUGGUCCUUGGGAGUUCUUUUUGUCAAUUCGAAUCCUUAAUUUUGAUAUUGCUAGCAAAUCUCAUCAAUACAUUCAUCUAAUCAUGGUUAUCUGCUUA